AAUCAAAGGGUUGACACUGGUGUUACACUGGUCAGAAGAGAAAGUAUUGGAAAACACAGACCUUCCUCCCGGUGCUGCUUUGGCUUUUGAAACCAUGUGGCUUUAUGAUUUUUUGCUCAGUUUCGACCUUAAAGGGUUGUUUCUGUUCCUGUUUAUUUUUAUUUUAAUCGCAGAUUUCAUCAAACACAGGAAUCCACCAAAUUAUCCUCCAGGACCGCCUGGUCUGCCCAUUGUGGGGAAUUUCUUCAGUAUGGGCAGCAAACAUCCACACCAUUAUUUUACCAAGCUGGCUAAUGUCUACGGGAACGUGUUCAGUGUCCGCCUCGGGGGGGAAAAGAUGGUGUUUGUGACUGGGUAUAAGAUGUUGAAGGAAUCCAUACUGACACAAGCUGAGAACUUUGUGGAUCGACCACACAGUCCGAUGUUUGACAGGAUAUGCAAAGGCGGCUCAGUUGGUCUGUUCAUGAGUAAUGGUGAAACAUGGAAGAAACAGCGGCGUUUUGCUUUGUCCACCUUACGCACCUUGGGUCUGGGCAAAAGUCUCAUGGAGCAGAGCAUCUGUGAGGAGAUCCGGUACCUGCAGGAGGAGAUGGAGAAGGAGAAAGGGGAACCUUUCAGCACAGCAGGCCUCUUCAACAACGCUGUAUCCAACAUCAUUUGCCAGAUGGUGAUGGGAAAACGCUAUGAGUACAGCGACCACAACUUCCAGACCAUGCUGACAAAUCUGUCUGAGGUUAUAAGGCUGGAGGGCUCCAUAUGGGCUUUGCUGUAUGAAUCGUUCCCCAACGUGAUGAACUACUUGCCAGGUCCUCACAACAAAUUAUUCAGCUACUUUAUUGACCUCCAAGACUUCAUGAACCAGGAGUUACAGAGGCACAAGAAGGACCUGGACCACAGCAAUCCCCGGGACUACAUUGACACUUUCCUCAUUGAAAUGAAAAAUCACAAAGACACCGACCUGGGCUUCACUGACCCUAAUCUGAUUAUGUGCUCUCUGGAUAUGUUCAUGGCCGGAACAGAGACAACUGCCAACACAUUGCAGUGGGCUUUGGUUUAUCUCAUCAAUAACCCUGAGAUCCAAGAAAAGGUCCAGGUAGAGAUAGACGGAGUGAUCGGUCAGAGCCGUCAGCCCACUAUGGCCGACAGACCCAACAUGCCCUACACUGACGCUGUCAUCCAUGAGAUCCAGAGGAUGGGAAACAUUGUUCCUCUGAAUGGACUCAAAGUAGCUGCCAAGGACACAACACUGGGUGGUUACUUCAUACCUAAGGGUACGUCCAUAAUGCCCAUGCUGACCUCGGUGCUGUUUGACAAGGAUGAGUGGGAAACUCCGGACACUUUCAACCCCGGACACUUCCUGGAUGCUGAGGGAAAGUUUGUGAGGAAAGAAGCUCACCUGCCUUUCUCUGCAGGUAAACGUAUGUGUCUUGGAGAGGGCCUGGCCAAGAUGGAGCUGUUUCUGUUUUUGGUAGGUUUACUGCAGAAGUUCUCUUUCACGGUUCCUGACGGAGUAGAGCUGAGUACAGAAGGAGUUACUGGAGUUACUCGAGUGCCGCACCCCUUCAAGGUUCAUGCCAAGUCUCGAACAGCCCAAUUGAUUAACACGGGCGCAGAAAGGAGGCGGAUAGCAUUUUUUAGCAUUUGCUCGCCAGUGCUCCUGCUCUGCUCCAUGAUGAGGGGGUAUCAUCUCUUUCUGUGGCUCGAUCUGAGGGGACUGCUGCUCCUCUCUAUCACUGCUCUGCUGCUCCUGUACUUUCUGAACAAAAAGGAUCCUCCUAACUUUCCCCCGGGACCACCAGCUCUCCCUUUUCUAGGAAACGUCUUCAGCAUCGAAGCCAAACAGCCUCACAUUUACCUCACCAAGCUCGCUGAUGUUUAUGGGAAUGUGUUCUGCAUUCGUCUGGGAAGACACAAAACAGUGUUUCUGUCUGGGUGGAAGAUGGUGAAGGAAGCUUUGGUGACACAGGCGGACAACUUUGUGGAUCGACCCUACAGCCCAAUGGUGAACAGAAUUUAUUCAGGCAACUCAGCAGGUCUUUUCUUCAGUAACGGGAAGGUGUGGAGGAGACAGCGACACUUCGCCAUGGCCAUGCUACGUACCUUUGGUCUGGCCAAGAGCUCCACAGAGCGGAGCAUCUGUGGAGAGAGCCAACAUCUGCAGGAGGAGAUGGAGAAGGAGGAAGGUAAGCUGUUCGACCCUGUGCCGCUCUUAAACAGCGCUGUAGCCAACAUCAUCUCUCAGAUAGUGUUUGGGAGACGGUUUGACUACAGUGAUCACGACUUUCAGAGCAUGCUGAAGAAUCUGGCUGAGAUUGCCUACUUGGAAGGCUCCAUAUGGGCUCUACUGUACGAUGUGUGCCCUGCUCUGAUGAAACACCUGCCCGGGCCUCACAACGGCAUCUUCAGCAACUCCAAAUCUCUGGAGGCAUCUAUCAGGAGAGAGAUAGAAAGGCACAAGUUAGAUCUGAACCCCAGCGACCCUCGAGAUUACAUUGACACCUUCCUCAUAGAAGAGAAACACAACAGACGCAGUGAACAGGGCUUUGAGGAAGGAAACCUGGCUCUGUGUUGUCUGGAUCUGUUCAUGGCCGGCAGCGAAACCACCUCAAAGACCCUGCAGUGGGGCCUGAUCUACCUCAUCAAGAACCCUCAUAUCCAAGAAAAAGUCCAGGCAGAGAUAGACGGAGUGAUCGGACAGAGCCGUCAGCCUACUAUGGCCGACAGACCCAACAUGCCCUACACUGACGCUGUCAUCCAUGAGAUCCAGAGGAUAGGAAACAUUGUUCCUCUGAAUGGACUCAGAGUAGCUGCCAAGGACACAACACUGGGUGGUUACUUCAUACCAAAGGGAACCUCUGUGAUGCCCAACCUGACCUCUGUGCUGUUUGACAAGACUGAGUGGGAAACUCCAGACACCUUCAACCCCGGACAUUUCCUGGAUGCUGAGGGAAAGUUUGUGAGGAGGGAAGCGUUUUUACCUUUCUCUGCAGGAAAGCGGGCUUGUCUGGGAGAAGGCCUGGCGAGAAUGGAGCUGUUCUUGUUCUUCGUCAAUUUGUUUCAGAAGUUUCGUUUGUCCACUCUGGAAGGAGUUGAGCUGAGGACAGAGGGAAUCACUGGAGCCACACGUACACCGUACCCCUUUAAGAUCUAUGCCAAGGCCCGAUAAAUCCUGUAACUGCUCCCCUGUACUGCAGACUACUCCAAACUGUAUUUUACAGUUUCAUAAAUAGACAACAUCUGCUGCAACAGUGGCUAGUUUUCAUUACCAUCCAGAAAAACUGAUGACGGAGGCACAAGGAAAUGUUUCAUGAAAUUGGUAAUGAGGUGGAACUGUAGCCUGCUCUUUGUUUUGCUGCUACACAGAAUCACAUAAUGAGUGACUGUGUGAUGAAUGAACAUCAUUAUGUAACCAGCAAGCAGCAGCAAAAUCUCCCUCUUUUGUUAAUGACAAGUUGACUCAUGUCUAUUUAUCACUUUCAGUUAAACUGUUGUUCACUAUAAAAAUUAACUACAAUAAAAAAGGACAGAUUUUGUCCCUUUUUGACUCUUGUAUGUUACCUACAUGCAUGUUUGACUGGAUCAUGAACUCUGUGUAAAGAUGGAGGACAUGUCAAAACCCCACCUCCUCCAUGUUAGUAGAUGGGACAUGGCCUAAACUAAUAAAUACAAAUAAAUAAAAUGUUCUCAAAGA